AACGUUGCAUUUCCUACUGAGUUGGAGACCCUUCGAGGACUUCAAGGCAAACCGAACUACGGUACACGAGAAUCGGACAAGAAUAAAGUAUUGAAGAGAACGAGUUCUCUUUACACCUUGUACCCGUUCGUAGACGAGCAGGGAGUUCUCAGAGUUGGAGGGAGAAUAAGGAGAGCAAGUUUUUCAGAAUCUCUCAAGAAUCCAGUCAUCUUACCAAAGUCAAGCCACAUUACGUCACUUAUAAUCAGUCAUGUCCACAACAAGACACAUCACAGCGGUAGAGGAAUCACGCUCAAUGAACUUCGCUGCAGUGGGUACUGGAUCAUCGGCGGAAAUGGCAUGGUAAGACGGUUCAUUUCAAGGUGCGUAAAGUGUUGUUACCUCAGAGGCAAAACGGGUGAGCAGAAGAUGGCUGAUUUGCCACGGAACGCGUAGAACCCGCGCUGCCCUUCACGUAUUGCGCGGUGGAUUAUGUCGGGCCUUGGUAUGUAAAGCGAGGAAGAUCAAUGGUAAAGAGAUACGGAGCAUUAUAUAUUUACCUGUUUAGCAAGUUGUGCAAUCCAUAUUGAAGUCGCUGACACUAUGGAGACGGAUUCGUUUAUCCAAGCGCUAAGAAGGUUUAUUUGUAGAAGAGGCCCAGUCCAGUCCGAGAAAUUCGCUGUGACAGAGCAAUCGAGGAGAUUGAUGACGAAAAGGUAAAGACAGAGCUACUGAAAGACAAUAUCGAUUGGAUUAAGAAUCCAGCCUCCGCGAGCAACUUUGGAGGCGUGUGGGAAAGACAAAUUCGGUCAAUCAGGAACGUCAUGAAUGCGCUUAUGAAGGAACACGGGACUCAAAUGGACGAAGAAAUCUUGAGAACAUUCUUAUGUGAAGCAGAAGCCACAGUUAAUAGCAGACCUUUGACAGUAGAAACCCUCAACGAUCCCCUUUCUGAACCAUCAUUAUCCCCAAGCAUGCUUCUUACAGGGAAGACGAAGCUUGUAUUGCCCCCGCCGGGAGAAUUCAAGGGAGAAGACAUGUAUUGCAAGAAAAAAUGGAGAAGAACGCAGCAUUUAGUGCAAGAGUUUUGGCAGAGAUGGAGCAAGGAAUACUUGCAGCAACUGCAAUCGAGAUCCAAGUGGACGCAACCAAAGAGAAAUUUUACGACGGGAGAUGUUGUCUUGCUGCGAGAAGUUCAAUAUCCAAGAAAUAAGUGGCCCCUGGCUAAAGUUGUGCGUGCUCAUCCAGAUGAUCAAGGCCAAGUUAGAUCGGUUACGGUACUGACGCCGAAUGGAUCUAUGCUCGAAAGACCAUUAAUAAGCUUGUUCUGCUCUUAG